AAUAUAUAUUUAGAAACUUAUUGACGUUUUAAAGGUCAAAGUCGUGAAGAAAAAAGAUCCGUGGAGCGAGGAGGUUCUCGCGCGCGGUUAAAUGUCAAAUCGCGACGGCCAUUUUCCUUCCUGUGUGUUUUCAUCAGAUUUUAACGUCUCGUCGCGCACACACACGCACGCACGCACGCCCGAGAGACACGCGUUACACCAGCUGACGUAUAUCCGUAAUAUUGAAGUAUACCACACUAAUUCGGUCGACGAAGGAAUGAUACACAACCAUGUAAAACGGGACCAUAAUCGCACAAUAGAGCGAUACGGAAGUGGUGCGCGUGGAGAGUUGAAACUUUGCACGAUCAUUUCGCAUAACCUUGUUGUCAGCUACGGUUAAAUCGAAAGCCGAAUGUGCUUCGGAAUUGUGAACUGCUGAACCUGCUGUGGUGUCACUUGCUGCAAACGAUGUCGUUGACCUUUCAGCAGAUCAUACUGGAUGCCAAAAAGUUGGUCAUUCGAAUCUCUGAUCAUGAGAACACCGCAGAUACUUUAAUAAGUGAAGUGGAAGCAGUAUGUGGACAAAUUGAUAAUAUGAAACAGUAUCAAGAGGAAGUAGAAAUUUUAAAUACGGAAGCGAAACAAAGACCGCACUUGCAAUUAAUUGCUGGAAUCCAAAGAGAAAAUAGACACUUACGAGAGAUACAAGCUGAAAAUAAAGAACUGAGAAACGCAUUGGAAGACCAUCAACACGCGCUUGAACUUAUAAUGUCCAAGUAUCGACAACAAACUGCCUCUUUAUUGCGUCUCAGUAAAACCGAUUUCUCAUCGUUACACAAUUCAAAAUAUGCUAAUAUAAUAACCAGUCAGGCUGAGAAAAUUAAUGAAAUGGCAGCUGUGAUGAGAACAGCUGCCGCCUUAGACGAGGAAAACGAAUUGAAAGAGAAGGAAAUGUUACAUUCGCUAAAGGAAGAGAACGCCACGCUUCGGGAGAUAGUAAAUGUUGCGAAUAAAUUUGGUUCCUUAAACAAAGAAUCUUCUGUAGACAACAAAACUGUUCAAACGGAUCCGCCGAUAGAUUAAAGAAAUUUACUCUUAGAGCUCUCAAAAACCCUUUUUUAUAACAGACCAGUAUUUAUUUCACACAAACCGAGAGAAUUCGUAUGACAUUUAUUAUUAGAUAGAAAUCUGUUAUAGGCGAAACGUGUACGUGCACACAAAUUGUAGUAUAUAUACAUAUACGUAUUAAGCAUUUGUAAUAAAAUUGUACAAGUUA